CCACCUUUUAUUUCUUUUCUUCUUCAUAUAUCAUAAAUAGUCUUUGAACUAUUUUUUUUUUUUUUGCCUUUCUCUUUUAUUAAGAUGUUGUCCCGUAUUGCGAUAAGAAGUACUAUUUCACGUACUAUACAACAACAGCAACGCUUAGCAGUGCCUCGGAUAGUGGUAAGAUCAACACAAUCUAUUCGUUUUCAACAUACAAUAAAGCCUUCUGUUUCAAAAAUUGCUCCUCUCGAUACAUUUCCUCGUCGUCAUAUUGGUUCACACGGUAAAGAUGUUGCAGAAAUGCUGAAACAGUUGGGUGUAAAAGAUAUUGAUGAGAUGCUCACAAGGACUAUUCCCUCCGCAAUUCGAUCCCCAAAGCCUUUGGCUGUAGGUGAAGGUAUGUCUGAAAGUCAGUUAUUGAAACGUCUCAAGAGCAUUGCAUCCAAAAACAAAAUCUAUCGCUCAUAUAUUGGUCAAGGCUAUACCGAUACCAUUGUACCCAAUGUCAUUUUGCGUAACAUUUUAGAGAACCCCGCUUGGUAUACACAGUAUACUCCUUAUCAACCGGAAAUUGCUCAGGGGCGUUUAGAAUCACUUUUAAAUUAUCAAACACUUGUCAGUGAUUUAACUGGAUUGCCUAUUGCUAAUGCAUCAUUAUUGGACGAGGGUACAGCUGCAGCUGAGGCAAUGCUUAUGUGUUGGCAAGCAGGUCGCCGUAAAAGAAAUUUAUUUGUUGUUGAUGAAAAUUGUCACCCUCAAACAAUUGCUUGUCUUAAAACACGUGCUGAAUCUUUCAAUAUAGAAAUUGUGAUAGCAGAUACUCUUCAUUACAAUUUUGAUGAAAAUAAAAAUAAGCUUUGUGGUGUUUUGUUACAGUAUCCUGAUACACGAGGCUCAGUUAAGGACUAUGAAAUAUUAACAAAGAAUAUUCAUGCAGCUGGAGGUCAAGUUGUUGUUGCUACUGAUUUGAUGGCCUUGACCUUACUCAAAUCUCCUGGAGAGUUUGGUGCUGAUAUCGCUCUUGGUAAUUCCCAACGAUUUGGUGUUCCUAUGGGCUUUGGUGGUCCUCAUGCUGCCUUUUUCGCCUGUAAAGAUGAACAUAAACGUCGUAUGCCUGGUAGAAUAAUUGGUGUCUCAAAGGAUGCGGAUGGGAACCCUGCCUAUCGUCUUGCACUUCAAACAAGAGAGCAACAUAUUCGUAGGGAGAAGGCUACAAGUAAUAUUUGUACUGCACAAGCUCUUUUAGCCAAUAUGUCAGCUAUGUAUGCUAUCUACCAUGGUCCUGAGGGCCUAAAGGCUAUUGCUCAACGUAUCAAUAAUUUAACUUCUAUUUUAGCCAAGGGCAUUCGUGAGUCAGGUUAUGUUAUUGAAAACGAUGACAACUUCUUUGAUACCUUAUCUAUCAAGGUCGGUCAUUCUUCAGCUAUUCUUCAGAAAGCUGCUGCUGCUGGCAUUAAUCUCCGAGCUAUUGACAACAAUACAGUUAGUAUCACUCUCGAUGAAGCUGUUACUCAAGAUGAAAUUGUAAGAUUACUUCAAGUAUUCCAGAAGGGGGACACCGCUACUGCUAUGACAAUUGAAAAGCUUUCUACUAUCCUUAAUACUCAAACAGUCACCUUCCCUCAUCAACUACAACGUACCUCACCCUAUCUGCAGCAUCCUGUUUUCAACUCUUAUCACUCUGAGACUGAAAUGCUUCGUUACAUUCAUCAUCUUGAAAGUAAAGAUUUAUCAUUGGUUCAUUCCAUGAUUGCACUUGGCAGUUGCACAAUGAAAUUAAACGCUACAACAGAGAUGAUUCCCAUAACGUGGCCUGAAUUCUCCAACAUUCACCCUUUUGCACCUGUUGAGCAAACGGAGGGCUACCUUGCAAUGCUUGAUGAACUCGCUGAUGAUUUAAAGGAGAUUACAGGUUUCAAGGGUGUCUCGUUGCAACCUAAUUCGGGUGCACAAGGUGAGUAUGCUGGCCUUCGUGUCAUUCGUGCCUAUCAUCAAGCUCGUGGGGAAAGUGAACGCAAUGUUUGCUUAAUUCCAAUCUCUGCACAUGGAACAAAUCCUGCCUCUGCUGCUAUGUCUGGUAUGGAUGUCGUGAUCGUUCAAUGUGAUAACAAGGGUAAUCUCGAUAUGGAGGAUUUAAAGGCCAAAGCUGAAAAGCAUAAAGAUCGCUUAGCAGCCAUCAUGAUCACUUAUCCUUCUACCUUUGGUAUCUUUGAACAUGGUGUCUCGGAGGCUUGCAACAUAGUACAUGAAAAUGGCGGUCUUGUUUAUUUAGAUGGCGCCAACUUGAAUGCUCAAAUUGGUCUCACAAAACCGGCAGAGAUUGGUGCUGAUGUUUGUCAUAUGAAUUUACAUAAAACAUUUUGUAUCCCUCAUGGUGGUGGUGGACCCGGCAUGGGUCCCAUUGCUUGUACCAAGGAGCUUGAGCCUUAUUUACCCGGUCACCCCGUUGUAGCAUGUGGCGGACAAAAUGCGAUUGGUCCUAUUUCAGCAGCACCUUACGGCUCUGCCUCUAUUUUACCUAUUUCCUGGGCCUAUAUUAAAAUGAUGGGAGGUGACGGCCUCACUCAGUCUACUCAACUUGCCAUCUUGAAUGCCAACUAUAUGGCUAGUCGACUCCGAAACCAUUAUGAAAUCCUCUAUACGAAUAACAAUGGUAUGUGCGGACACGAAUUCAUUGUAGACAUCCGACCCUUUGUGGAGUAUGGUAUUGAGGCCAUUGAUGUUGCUAAACGUCUUCAAGAUUAUGGUUUCCAUAGCCCUACUAUGUCUUGGCCUGUUACUAAUACUUUGAUGAUUGAACCAACCGAGUCCGAAAGCAAACCAGAGCUCGAUCGCUUUUGUGAUGCCAUGAUCUCCAUUCGUAACGAGAUCCAGCAGGUGAUAGAUGGUAAAUUGCCUAAGCGUGAUAACAUGUUGAAUAGAGCUCCUCAUUCUAUCAAGACAUUAAUGGCUGAUAAAUGGGAUCGUCCUUACAGUCGUCAGGUAGCUGCAUUCCCAAUGCCUUACCUUCGUGAAAAGAAGUUUUGGCCAUCUGUCUCACGUGUAGAUGAUGCUUAUGGUGACCGUAAUUUGAUGUGUACUUGCCCUUCUCCUGAAGAAUAUGUAAACUAGAAAUUUACUUUAGAUAUCAUUCAAUAUUUAUUUAAAAUUUAUUCUCGCUUUACUGUAUAAUAUAGAUUUCACUUUUUUUUCAUAAUAAAUUUUUCUUUAUUAAUAACAUCAUUAAUGA